AGGAAGUACAAGACCAAGAUGGACAAGUCAGCAGCUUUGUCGUGAGGAAGAAUCUUGAGGGUUUGAGUCCUCGCGAAACACUGUCUCUCAUCCAUGCUUUGGAAGCCUUUGAGGCCGACAGUUCCGCUGAUGGAUUCCAGUCCAUUGCUGCUUUCCAUGCCGUGCCCCCUCUCUGUCCGAGUCCUACUGCUAGCAAGAGAUAUGCUUGUUGCCUUCACGGGAUGUCCACCUUCCUUCAAUGGCACCGUCUGUACACUGUCCAGGUUGAAGACGCUCUCAGGCGCCAUGGAUCCCUCGUGGGCAUCCCUUACUGGGACUGGACCCGAGCCAGCCAAUCCUUGCCACACUUCCUUAGUGACGUAAACUACACUGACCCAUACACCAAACUGACCCUGGAGAACCCAUGGCAUGGUGCCAGCAUUGAUUUCGAAAAUUCACAUACUGAGAGGGACAUUCAGAGUGAUAAACUGUUCAAACUUGGACCUCACGGCUGGGACACCUGGCUCUUCGAGCAAGCUCUGCUAGCACUAGAACAGGAAGAUUACUGCGACUUCGAGAUCCAGUUUGAAAUUACCCACAACGCAAUCCACUCGUGGGUUGGUGGGUCCAAAGAGCACUCACUGGCUCACCUUCACUACGCUUCUUACGACCCUGCUUUCUUCAUCCAUCACUCCAACACUGACCGACUAUGGGCUAUCUGGCAAGCUCUGCAGAAACAUAGAGGAUACAAUCCAAACGAGGCUAACUGCGCACUGGAGCACAUGAGAGACUCACUGAAGCCCUUCAGCUUUGGACCUCCUUACAAUCUCAACAAACUGACGGAAAAGUAUUCCCACCCUCAAGACACAUUUGCCUACCAGGAACACUUCCAUUAUCAGUACGAUAACCUGGAGUUUGUCGGCAUGAACAUCCCUGCUCUUGACGCCUUCAUCCAUGAGAGACAGGAGCAUGACCGAGUCUUUGCUGGUUUCCUCCUGCAUGGGUUUGGCACUUCAGCUACCGUAGACUUCACAAUCUGUGAUGCCUUCAAACAGUGUUUUGACGGUGGUUACUUCACCGUUUUGGGUGGAUCCCAGGAGCUACCUUGGCAGUUUGACAGACUCUACAAAUACGACAUAACUCACCAGUUGGAAGAGCACAAAAUUCGCUACGAUGACGACUACCACUUCCAUGUUCACAUCAAGGCCCUCAACGGAACGGAGCUGGACAGUAAACUUAUCCCAGAGCCCAGUGUGCUUUUUGUGCCAGGCAAACAAGAUGCUCUUCACGUAGAGGUGACCGACAACAACGUCCGUCGUAACCUGAAAAACCUUGAUAACAGGGACAUUCAGAGCUUGCAGGCGGCCCUGCGAGACCUCCAACGCGACAACUCCAAGGGUGGUUGGGCUAACAUCGCAUCCUACCACGGAGCGCCAGCACGUUGUCCAGACCCGGAACACCCAACAGUGGCUUGCUGUGUCCACGGCAAGCCGACCUUCCCACACUGGCACAGGCUCUUCAUUCUGCAGAUUGAACAAGCUCUCCACAAGCAUGGAAGCUCAAUUGCUAUUCCCUACUGGGACUGGACCUUUGCUAUUGAAAAGCUGCCAACUACCUUCACCGAUGAAGACUACUACGAUGCCUGGAAAGACGAGGUACUGUCCAACCCCUUUGCCCACGGCUAUGUCGCCUCAGAGGACACAUACACUGUCCGUGACAUCCAGGACCGCAUCCACAAGAAACAUGAGGAUGGCGUACACUCUUACCUCUUCUAUCAUGUCCUGGAUCUGCUGGAGCAGACUGACUAUUGUGACUUCGAGGUACAAUUUGAAGUUGUGCACAACGCCAUCCAUUAUUUGAUCGGAGGUCAUCAAACAUACUCUCUCUCCUCCCUGGAGUACUCAGCGUAUGACCCUAUUUUCUUCAUCCACCACUCCUUCACUGAUAAGAUUUGGGCCGUCUGGCAAGAGCUCCAAAAGAGAAGGCAUUUGCCCUACAACAGGGCUGACUGCGCCCUCAACUACAUCAACGAGCCACUGAAACCAUUCAACUUAGAAGCGCUCAAUGACAACCAGUUCACUAGAGAGCAUGCAGUGCCCAACACCCUGUUCAACAACGAGGACCUUGGCUAUGUCUAUGAUGACUUUAGCAUUGGAAACUACACCCUGGAUCAGCUGGAGGAGCUGCUCCAUGACAGGCAGUUGCAGCCGAGAAUCUGGGCUGGGUUUUUGCUGAAAGGCAUCAAGACGUCUGGAUCGGUGGAUCUUAAAGUUUGCAAGUUCAGCGAAUGCACCGAGGCUGGUUACUUUAAUCUUCUUGGAGGACCCUUAGAGAUGCCCUGGUCCUUCGAUCGUUUGUUCAAAAAAGACAUCACCUGGGCUUUGCGCAAUAUUGGACUGACACCUGAUGACGUCUUAGAAGCGGAGUCAGGGUUCAAACUGAAGGUGGAAACCUUUAAUGUGGAAGGCAACGCUAUACCUGUGAGCCAAGUAAUGCCGAAACCAAGUAUCAUCUACCAACCAGGCCUACAAGCGGCCCAACCUGUCCGUGAGUCGGUUGUUGCUGGGGUUGGAGUCCGAAAAGAUGUCACCCGUCUCUCUGUGUCUGAGGUGAAGAAUCUCAGGGAAGCACUUCGACGAGUUCAAGCUGACAACAGCUCUCAAGGAUUCCAGAACAUCGCUAGCUUCCACGGCAGCCCACCCGGCUGUGAACACGACCAUCGUCCCGUUGCCUGCUGUAUCCACGGACAGGCUAACUUCGCUCAGUGGCACAGACUGUACGUCAAACAGUGGGAAGAUUCUCUAACUGCACAUGGAGCUAAGAUCGGUAUCCCAUACUGGGACUGGACUACAGCCUUUACGGAGUUGCCAGCUCUAGUGACUGAAGAAGAGGACAACCCAUUCCACCAUGGUCUCAUCUACAAUGGAGAAAUCACGACAAGGGCCCCAAGAGACAAACUCUUCAACGACCCGGAGUUUGGCAAGGAGUCCUUCUUUUACAGACAGGUCCUGCUGGCAUUUGAACAGACAGACUAUUGUGACUUUGAG